AUGACAUUUUUUAUUAUUUUCAUUUGUAUUAUUCUUUCUUUUGUUCAUGGAAGUUGUUGGUAUGUUAGCAAUGAUAAUGAAAUUCGAUGGGGAACAUCUACCAAUUGUGGAAAGUUUAUUGGUUUUACACAGUAUUAUGAUAAUAAGACUGAUUGGUUUCAGUUUAAUUCAGGAUGUUGUGGAGAAAAUAAAACUUAUUAUAAAAUUUAUCCAGGAAGUAAUGAAGCUGAAAAAGCUGUUGAUUUUGUUUUAGGAACUGAAAUUCAAACUGUAUGGAUGUACCCCUCUCAACCUGAUAAACAUUUCUCUAUUUAUUUGAGAAAUAUUAAAGAAGGGUUUGUUGGUAUAUUUAAACGAAGUUCUAUUCCUGUGAGUGGAAUUAAUAAUAAUAUUUAUGUUUAUAACACACCAGCAGUAAUAAUUGGAAAUGGAUAUGAACGUUUUUAUAUCAGAUACCAAAGCUAUACUAAUAGACCAUAUCUUAAUCUUCAAAUACUAUCAACAACAACUAUUAUGAGAGAGUUAUAUGUUAAUAAAAGAAAUAUUCAAAGUGGGUGUAAUUAUGCUUUCAACACAAAUGGUAAUGUAGAUGUUUAUGAUGCACAAAGUGGUUGUAUUUUUUAUGAAGUUUGUUCAAAGCCUAAUUUAAAAAGAUAUGUAAUGUGUAAAAAUGAAACUCUUUCAAUAAAAAAUGAUUGUAGAUGUUAUAUUCCAAGUACAACAUCAACAGCAUCAGUUAUUAACUUUGGAAUGGUUUUUCCUGAUUGUAUAUAUAAUAGUAGUUUAUAUGACUUAACUAUUUUUGCAAACCAAACAAUUAUUAAACUUGACUCUACUAAAGGGUAUCAAUGGAAUUCAUUUAUAUUUGAAUCUAGAACACUUCCUUUAACAAUAGAAAAUGAUCAACUUAUUAAUUUAACUGGAACAACUACAUUACCAAACAAAAGAAUUAUUAUUAGUAAUGUUGUUUAUUUCAAUAAAUUAAUUAUUCCAACUGUAAAUUUUGAUAUGACUCAUGUAUUUAGAGAAUGGGAUGCAAUUGAUAUUGAUGUUAGUCAAAUUAUCACUGAUUCAGUUUUAUUUAUUGGGUAUUUUAAGUCAAGUGGAAUACCAAACACAAUUCGAGUUGGGUGUAACAAUGGAAAUUUUACAAGGUAUGUUAAAGGUACAUCAACAAUAGACUGUCAGUGUACUUAUUCUAAUGACCAAUAUGACCUGAGUGAUUGUGAGAUAGUCAGUAAAAUUUACACAAAUACACUUAAUUUAAUAUUAAAUAAUAAUAUUUAUGAUAAAGAAAAUGUUUAUUGGAAUUCAGUUGUGAUAAAAUAUCAAAAUAGUCUUAUUAAAGGUUCAAUCACAAGUAAGUCAUGUUCAAUUGAACAAUCUAUAACAAUAAAUGGAUUACUUCAAUGCAAUAUAUUAACUCUUUCAGGAAAUUCUAUAAUUAGUAUUUCUGAGGAUGGAAAGUUAAUAGUCACUAACCUUAUUGUUGAGAAACAGAGUACAGUUACAAUAUCAUCACCAAUAAAUACCAAUAUUUUAAUUGAAACAAUAAAUAUUUAUGGAUCAUUAUUAUUUGAUGAUUCUACAUCUGUUAUUUCUCAAUCUAAAACGAUUUUAAAUCAAAAUAGUCAACUUAAAACAAUAAAUUAUGCUUCAAUCAAAGAACUUCAAAUAUUAGGAACAAGUACAUUAAAAUCAGAUAGUAAUAUUUUUAUUUCAACAUUGAUUCAAACAACAAGUAGGUUAAAUGUGGAUGUUAAACAACUUGAAAUAAAUAAAGGAGAUUUAAUUUUUGGAAGUGUAAAUGUAGUGAAUCCAAUUAUUAUUUCAAACUUUGUUUCUACAAUUGAUAUUGAGUCUAUUACCAAUCCAUUGAUAGAUCCUAACUUAAUGUUUAUAACAACAGAUCACUCAACAACUCCAUUAAAUAUUAUGAAAAUCCCUUCUAUUCCAAAUUCAAUAUCAAUUAAUUUUAUUUUAAAUAAGUAUCGUAAAAUUAAUCUACAUUCUUCUAAUAAUAUAAAUUUUAUUUGUGAUAAACAAGCUAUUGUAAUUGGAACAGGAAAUGACUUAAUUUGCUCUGUAAUUGGAUUAACAAAUAAAGUAUGUAAUCCUCAACCUGAUAAUUCUUAUUUAGAUGAAAAUGGUUUUCAUGAUUAUUCAUGUCCAGGUCAUUCCAACUCAAUAGUGUCAACUUAUCUUAUUAUUGAUUCAGUAAAUUCGUACUCAUUUGAGUCUGAUGAAAGAUAUAAUUUGAUUACUCUUUUAAGACAAGCUACUCUUUAUGUUUCAUACCAUGAUUUAUUAAUAAAAUCUUAUAACUCUUUUAUUAUUGAUGGUACUCUUAAUUCUGUUCUUGUAGAGUCAAUUGGAAAUUCAUCUUCAGUUAUUGUAACUUCUCUUUCUCCAUUACUUUUAUUUGUUGACAACUCAUUAGGUAUAACUAUUUCAACAAAUAAUGCAAUUAUAAGUUCAUAUGGAUUGUGUAAAACUGGGUUAUUAUCAAAUACAAAUUCUGAAUGUAAAAUAUGUAGAUAUUUAACAAAAGAAGAUGGAGAGUGUACUGAACCUAUAAUAACAAUAGAACAUUGUGAGUUGUAUCGUAAGAAUGGAUUAUGUGAACGUUGUGAAGAAGGUUUUUUUUCUACUGGAAAUUCUUGUAAUGCAUGUACAUCAAAUUGUAAGAUUUGCAAUUCUGAAAAAUGUCUUUUAUGUUUUGACAAUUAUAUUGUAAGUGGAACAAAAUGUAUUGAAACAAGUAAUUGUAAAUAUAUGAAUAAUGGAAUAUGUUUAGUUUGUCCUCCUGGUAAAACUCAAGAUCCUUCAAUGGAAAAGUGUUCUGUUAACUGUCCUAAUGGAUGUGAUACUUGUUCUUCUUCAGAUGUAUGUAUUCAUUGUAGUGUAAAUAACAGUUAUAUAAAAAAUAAUAACCAAUGUGAAUUAAAACAAUCAACAAACCAAAUUACAAGUAAACAAGUUAUUGAUUGUCAAGAUGGAUUUUAUCUUAAGAAAGGGUCUUGUAUUUCUUGUGAAAAUGAUUGUUCCAAAUGUUUAUACGAUGAUAAAACAGAAACUAUUCAGUGUUUAGAAUGUCCUGAAGGAAAAAUCAUUGUAAAUGGAAAGAGUUGUCAACCAAUAGAUUCUGUUGGUUGUAAAACAAGUGUUAAUAGUAAGUGUAUUGUUUGUACAGAAUUUGAUAAAUAUUUUGAUGGAUCUAAUUGUGUUUCAUGUGGAAGUAAUUGUAGUUUAUGUACAGUAAAUGGAAAAUGUUCGUUAUGCGAUGAUUCAACAUACUUAAAAUUAGACUCAACUUUUGAUGAUGGGAUAUGUCAAUCAACACCAACAAUAGAAAAUUGUAAAGAAUUUAACAAAGGAAGAUGUGCCAUUUGUUCUGAUGGUUAUUUUUUAAAUAAGAAUGGAGGUUGUGAUGCUUGUUAUUAUCCUUGUAAAAAAUGUGUUAAAUCUGCUGAUAUAUGUUAUGAAUGUAAUGAAGGAUUUAGUCUUCAAGAAAAUUCAUGUAUUAGUAUUAUUAAAAGUAUUGAAAAUUGUAAACAAACAAUUCCACAUUCUAAUGAUAAAUGUUUACAAUGUGAAGAUGGAUAUUAUAGAGAUGGAAUAUUAUGUAGAGCAUGUAUAGAUAAUUGUAAAACAUGUAUUAAGAAAAAUGAAUGUUCUGAAUGUAGUAAAAAUUUUUAUAAAAAUAUUACUUAUGGAUGUUCUCCAAUAUCUGAAUUAACUCAUUGUGAAGAAAUUACGAAUAAAGGAUGUUCUCUUUGUGAAUCAGGUUAUUAUUUAGAAAAUUUUACAUGUCAUUUAUGUUCUGAAGUGAAUGAACAUUGUACUGAAUGUAAUCAAAUUAACAAACAAUGUAAAGGUUGUACACAAAAUUAUAUUUUAACAAAUGAAAGUCAUUGUGUAUUUUAUAAUCAAGUAAAAGGAUGUAUAGAAGCAUCUCAUUCUGUUUGUCUUUCAUGCACUUUUUGGUAUACUCCAAGUAAUGAUGGAUUAUCUUGUGAAAGACAUCCUGUUUGGUGGGUUGUAUUAGUUAUUGUGAUAUUAAUAAUUUUUAUCAUUAUAACAGUAUUUAUAUUAUUUGUCUUUGGGUUGUAUAAAAUAUUAUUUUAUAUUAAUAAAAAGAAUCUCCAAAAUAAAUCAAGAAAAACAUGUACUCAUUUUGAAAUUAAAUAUUCAAAUAUUCAUUGGAUUGAAUUAAAUGAGAAAUGUCCUAUUCUAGUUAAUAAGAAGGUACUAACAUUUGACACAAAAACAACAGAAAUUCCUGUUAAUAAAGAAACUAGAGAAUUGCUUUGUAUAGCCAAUAGAUCAAAACACACACUUCAAAUAUCACUUCUUGAAGAAGAUAAUUUAAAUGAAAACUAUUCAAUAAGAACAAAUCCACUUCAAAUCAUUUUGAAAAAAAAGGAAGGAUGUGAACUUGAAGUUUUUAUAAAUCCUCAUUGUUCUGUACAUCUUAUUGGUAUUUUUAAAAUACUUAUUGAUAAUUUAUCAACUGGUAAACGAUAUACAGUAACUAUUUCAAUUGAUUGUAUGACUGAAGUCAGUUGUCGGUUGAGUCCUAAUGAUAUUGUUGAAGAACGAAUAAUAGGUGAAGGGUCAUUUGGAGUUGUUUUUCUUGGAUACUUUAAAGGGAACAAAGUAGCCAUUAAAAAGUUAAAAAAGUUACAGGUAUUAGAAAAUAUGAUUAAUGAAUUUAAAGAUGAAGUAUUAAUGUUAGAAAAGUUUAGAAAUGAAUAUAUUGUUCAUUUUUAUGGUGCUGUAAUGAUUCCAAAUAAAUUAUGUUUUGUAACUGAAUUUGCAGAAUAUGGUUCAUUGUCUGAUUUAAUUGAAAAAAGAAUGAAAAACAAUCCACUUGAUGAAAAAUUGAAAAUUAAAUUCUGUUUAGAUGCUGCUAAAGGAAUUGAAUAUCUUCAUUCAAAUGGAAUAUUACAUCGUGAUAUUAAACCUGAUAAUAUCUUAGCUAUUUCAUUAGAAAAAAAUGUCGAGAUUAAUGGUAAGUUGACUGACUUUGGUAGUUCUAGAAAUAUUAACAUGUUAAUGACAAAUAUGACAUUCACAAAAGGAAUUGGAACCCCUGUUUAUAUGGCACCAGAAAUAUUAAAAAAAGAUAAAUACAAAAUGCCUGCAGAUGUAUAUUCAUUUGCUGUUACUAUGCUUCAUAUACUUAUGUGGGAUGCUCCUUAUCAAGGUUCUCUCUUUAAAUAUCCAUGGUCAAUAGCUAAUUUUGUUGCUGAUGGAAAUAGGUUAGAUUGUCCAGAAAAUGUUAGUCCAGAGUGUUUUGAAUUAAUUGAACAAGCAUGGGUACAAAAUCCAAAAGAACGUUUGAGCAUUAAUGAAAUAGUUAUUAAAUUACAACAACUUUACGAUAUUAUUCAAAUUAAUUAA